AGUUGCACAAAGCACAAAGCGAAACUGUUUACAAACACAAAGUUAGUGACGGUGACUAAAAUCACUUACAGCAGGGCUCCGCUGUUUUCUCGACAGAGAAAAACUACCCGGAACUCCCCUCCCACAACUUAAUACUUGGAAGACUAAGUGUGAAUGGAUUCGUAUAAGCCUGUGACCUUAUAAGAGAGGUCAAAAGAGACGGUCAAGAUGGUGGAGGAGGCUGGAAAGCUUCCGCUUCUGCGCCUGGAGCCCCCCAUUCAGAAAUUCAUUAAAGUGGCCAUUCCCACUGACCUGGAGAGACUGCACCAGCACAAACACAACAUAGAAAAGUUUCAGAGAAACAGUCAGUGGGAUAAACUCCACCAAGAGCACAUCAACUCCAGCCGCACCGUCCAGUUGCGAUCGAACCUUCGGGAGAUGGAGAAGUUGUGUGGGCGGGUCCGCAGUGCUGAUGCUGAAGAUCUGGAGAAACUUGUUCAGCCAAUCAAAGAUCGAGCGUCCACUGCCAUUCAGGAGUUCCUCCGGAUUCACUCGAAUGCAAUCAGUAGGCCGGAUGCUCCAACUAUUGGUGCAGACUCUUACAAAACUACCAGCACUGCAUCGGAUACGUUGCACAGAGACUGUGAUACAGGUGUACCUGGUUCUCCUGUCACCCAAACACAGCUGCUCCUGCCUGAAAUCCCUCCAGAACAGAACGCCGCUGAGUCCUGGGAUUCUUUAGCUGAGGACCUACUGGAGCUGAAUGGUUUAGUGAAUGAGUUUGCCACUCUUGUUCAUACUCAGCAGGAGAAGAUUGACAGCAUUGAGGCCAAUGUUAGCAUAGCAGCUGCUGAUGUGGAGGAGGGGACUCAGAGCCUAGGAAAGGCGGCUCGUUUGAAGAUGGCGGUUUUGCCCGUGGCGGGUGCAGUGGUAGGGGGAGUGCUAGGAGGGCCGCUGGGACUCUUAGCGGGAUUUAAAGUGGCGGGGGUCGCUGCUGCUGUGGGGGGUGGACUGCUUGGUUUUGCCGGAGGCAACCUGAUCCAACGGAAGAAGAAAGAACAUAUCGCCCAGCAGCUACAACAGCUUAAGAGCAACAACAACAGUAAGAACGACACUCAGUGACACUCGAGCACAUUUGUUUUUGUAGAGGAGGCCACGAGACGGCGGAGUUGGCGACCCACGCGUAUUCUGAAAUAAACACCAGACGCUCAAUGCAAAUAAAACAACCACAACUGCAGAAUAACUCCUACACGCAGUGCAAACAUGCAUAAGCGACAUGCUACAAUGAGUGGACUUGCUAAUUCUCCUUUUGCCUUAAUUCAUCAUUCAUUUCUAUGCCAAAGCAAACAAGGCCUUAUUCCACCAUCUGAGAUCCUGUGGAUCAGCUGAUCAACCUUUGUAGCGGUAAUGUGACUGUAGGUGUUAGAGGUGGUUAGAGAUCAUAGAUGAUUGUUGUAGAAGAGUGUGAACUACAGUAUGUAACAUCAUGACUUAUUAUGCAUACUGAGGAUGUGCAGUAGGUGAUAUGGUUCUGUUUACUACAAUUAUGUCGAUUUUUUUGUGCUAAAAUUGAAAAGGUUAAUGCAGAAUUUGAUGAUAAACACUUAAAAUGCCCCUGUGUGGUAUUGUAACUCUUUUUAAAUGAAACGUUGCACAGUAGUGAGAAAUUCAGUACACUAUGAAUGAACAUUUAAUACUCAUCAUUAUCAAUAACAAAUGAUGAAGUUAAAAUUAUGAUACAGUUUCCAUAGUCUGAGGAGCUCAUUCUGUCCAGACAAUGAAUACUUGUUUUGCCUUAAAAUGUGAUAUUUCAGAAAUCUAAUAUUGUCUCAGGCUGCUAAAAAUAAAUGAAAUUUGAAUGACACUUAAUAA